GAGCCAAAUAAGAAAACUCGAGGGUACUGCUGGCUCCAAGUCAAAUGUUGAACCCGCGGUUUGCUUUUUCUGUUUCACUUCCCAUUUCUCACAUGGCUCCUCCUAGAAUUCUACUCUCUGGUGACGUUCUAGGCCGCCUAAACCCACUAUUCAAACGAGUUCAAUCGGUUAACAAAUCAGCUGGUCCUUUCGAUGCUCUCUUCUGUGUUGGCCAGUUCUUCCCGGACUCAACGGAGCUGCUCGAUGAGUUCAUGGACUAUAUUGACGGCCUCUCUCCCGUUCCUCUCCCUACAUACUUCACCGGUGACUACGGCUUUGGUGCUCCCAAAGUCCUAUCCGUUGCUUCCAAGAACUCUGCCAAUCAAGGCUUCAAGAUGGACGGCAUCAAGAUUUGCGAUAACUUAUUCUGGUUGAGAGGCAGCGGCAAGUUCGAAUUCCACGGUUUAUCUGUUGCUUACUUAUCUGGUAGACAAUCGUCAGAUGGUGGACAGUUUGGAAUGUAUAGUCAAAAUGAUGUGGAUGCAUUGCGAGCAUUGGCUGAGGAACCUGGAAUAGUUGACUUGUUCUUAACUAAUGAAUGGCCAAGUGGGGUCACGGGCGGAGCUGCUUCAUCUGAUAUUCCUCCAGCACUAUCUGAUUCAUCUGGUAGUGAUUCCAUGAUUUCUGAGUUGGUAGCAGAGAUUAAACCACGUUAUCACAUUGCAGGUUCAAGGGGAGUAUUUUAUGCCCGCGAACCUUACUCUAAUGUUGAUGCUGUGCAUGUGACCCGAUUCUUGGGUCUUGCAUCUGUUGGAAAUAAAGAUAAACAGAAAUUCAUUCAUGCAAUUUCUCCAACACCGACAUCAACCAUGUCUGCUGCUGAUCUUAGUGCAAAACCACCUAACACUACCAUAUCUCCAUACAUGUUAGCUGGGCAAACAAAUGUUCCUAAAGAAGCCACAAAGAGAAGUAUUGAAGAUGCUUCCGAUUCACAGUAUUGGAGAUAUGAUGUCUCAAAAAAACGACAAAAGCAUGGAGCUGGAGAUGUUGAUAAGCUUUGUUUCAAAUUUAUAUCAUCUGGUUCUUGUCCCAGAGGCGAAAGAUGCUAUUUCCAACAUGACGUGGAUGCAAGGGAACAAUAUUUGAGAGGUGUUUGUCUUGAUUUUAUUAUAAAAGGAAACUGUGAAAAGGGUCCAUAUUGCAACUUUAAGCACAAGUUACAGGAUAAAGACGACAGCCAUUCCCUCAGGAGACCUAGAUCUGAAAGUGUAAACCGGUCAAAAGAAUGCUGGUUUUGUUUAUCAAGUCCUAACGUGGAGUCACAUCUAAUAAUUAGCAUUGGAGAAAAUUUUUAUUGUGCUCUGCCUAAAGGCCCACUUGUUCAAGAUCAUGGAUUGAUAAUUCCUAUUGAACAUUUGCCUAAUACAUUUUCUGUACCAACAGAAUGUGAUACUGAGCUGUGUAGAUUCCAGAAUAGUCUGAAGAUGUAUUAUAAGAGGCAGGGGAAGGAAGCUGUUUUCUUUGAGUGGGUUUCUAAACGUAGUACUCAUGCUAACCUCCAGGUUGUUCCUAUUCCAUCUACCAAGGCCUGUGGUCUUGAAAAAUUAUUUACUUUGGCUUCUGAAAAGUUGGGUUUUAAGUUUGUGGCCGGGAAAGUUGGUAGUGGUUCCGAUGGGAGAAAAUUCUUGAGGACAGAGUUCGAUAAGAAUUUUAGCUUCUUUUAUGUGGAACUUCCUGAUGGUACAAUAUUGUUCCAUAUGCUUGAAGAGAACAAGAAAUUCCCAUCCCAAUUUGGACGUGAGGUUCUGGCUGGUUUGCUGAACAUAGCAGACAGAGCUGAUUGGAGGAAUUGUACAGUUGGCAAAGAGGAUGAAACGAAGAUGGCUGAAGAUUUUAAGAAGCGGUUUGAAGUCUUUGAUCCCAAUAAAUGAAUGUUGGGAGCAGAAGCUUUGAUAAACAGGUUAUGAUUAUCUGUUUGUUACACCAUGUACAUCAUUGUUAUGACCUAAUUGAUCAGCAAGGAUCCUAACCUUAAAACAACCGGUAUUCACAGUUUUAACUUAUAUCACUGCUUAGGUGGACGCCAAGAGCCCUGGUAAAAGUUGCAUAUUCUCGUACAUAAUCAGUUAAAAAUCAGGAGCAUGUGCACUGCUCAUAGGGUCCUAUUCCAAGUUUACCUUCUUACUUGAGGAACCUUUCUUUAACCAGUAUGUUUCACUGAUUGUAUUUGUCUAAAGAAUUAGGACCGGCAAUUGCCUUGCCUAACAUGCAGAAUGUAUCAUUCAGUUGGUUGUUUUUGUAGAGCUGAGUCAUAAUUGUUCACACUUUGCAGCAGAGAGUAUUUAUUAUUCCUUAUCUAUCGUUAGAAGAUGGAAAAUGAUUUUGUUAUUUUA